AUCGGAGCUGCUGCAGCUUCACAGACGCUCACAGGAAGACACACACAGACAGUCAGGAUGGAGGUGAAGCUGCUGUUUCUGACUGUUGUUCUGCUCUCCUCACCGCUCCUCACACUAUGUGACCCGCUGUUUGUUCUGUCGGCUCCUAAUCUGCUGAGGGUGGGUUCCUCAGAGAACCUGUUUGUGGAGGCUCAGGAUUACUCUGGAGGAAACAUGAAUGUGAAGAUCAUAGUUAAAAACCACCCAAAGAAGAGCCGGGAGAUACUGUCUCAAUCAGUGACACUGACUUCAGAAAAUAAUUUCCAGAUCCUUACAGAUAUAAAGAUCCCUGAUAAUCAGAGCUAUUUCUCUGACGAUCCUCUGGAGAAGCAGUAUGUGUAUCUACAAGCUCAGUUUCCAUCCGUCACUCUGGAGAAAGUGGACCUGCUCUCAUUCCAGUCUGGAUAUAUAUUUGUCCAAACAGACAAGCCCAUCUACACACCUGCUAGCACAGUUCUUUACAGGAUUUUCUCUUUGAUGCCCAACCUGAAACCACUCAAUGAGUCUAAAAUCACAGUGGAAAUAAAGAAUCCACAAGGCAUCACAGUUUCAUCAGAGAACAUAACUACAGCAAAAGGAAUACAGUCCGGAAAGUAUGCUAUCCCUGAUGUUGCCAGCUCUGGGAUCUGGAAGGUGGUCACACUGUUCUCAAAGACUCCUCAGAAGAAGUUUACUGCAGACUUUGAGGUCAGAGAAUAUGUGCUUCCAACAUGUGAAGUGAAAUUAAAGCCCAGGAAGUCCUUCUUCUAUGUGGGUGAUGAGAGUCUGACAGUCGACAUUGAAGCCAAGUACCUGUUUGGACAGGAGGUGGAUGGAAAUGCGUUUGUGGUGUUUGGUGUGAUGGAAGAUGAGAAGAAAACAAGUAUUUCUGCAUCUCUGCAAAAAGUUCAGAUCGUGGAAGGAGAGGGUACUGCAGAACUGACCAAUCAGAUGAUCACUGACACCUUUCCAAACAUUAACCAGCUGGUUGGACGAUCAAUCUAUGUUUCAGUCAGUCUAUUAACAGAAAGUGGCAGUGAAAUGGUGGAAGCAGAAAGGAGAGGCAUUCAGAUCGUGACGUCACCGUACACCAUCCACUUCAAAAAAACACCACACUUCUUCAAACCUGGGAUGCCCUUCGACGUCUCGGUUUAUGUGACAAAUCCUGACCAAACACCUGCUGUAAAUGUGGAAGUGGAGGUCAAUCCUGGAGGGUUCAGAGGUCGAACAAGAGACAACGGCAUUGCGAAGGUUACAGUCAACACUCAGAGAGGAUCUUCAACACUGGACAUCACUGCAAAGACCAAAGAUCCAGAAAUAGAAGACAAUCAGCAGGCAGUGAAGAAGAUGACGGCUCAGGCCUACAAGACCAAAGGCGGCUCCAACAACUACCUGUACAUCAGCAUUGAUGCUGCUGUGCUUCAGAUCGUUGAAUCAAUGACAGUCUGUCUGAGCACUGGACAAAGUCCAGGAGUCAGAGAUCAAGAUUUCACCUACAUGAUCUUGAGUAAAGGUCAGAUUGUAAAAGCAGACAGGUUUAAGCGAAGAGGACAAUCAAUAGUGACUCUGCCUGUGUCUGUAACCAAAGACAUGGUGCCGUCCUUCCGCUUUGUGGCUUAUUACCAUGUGGGCUCGUCUGAGGUGGUGUCUGAUUCAGUCUGGGUCGAUGUGAAGGACACGUGCAUGGGAAAGCUCCAGCUUAAGGUGGAGAAGGAGAAGGAGAAGGAGAAGGAGAAGAUGAAUAUCUAUGGCACAGGAGAAGAGGUCAAGCUGCAGAUAACUGGAGAUCCUGAAGCUAAAGUUGGUCUGGUGGUGGUUGACAAGGCUGUGCAAGUCCUUAACAAGAAGAGACUCACUCAGACUCAGGUGAAGGAUCUUUUUCAGAUGUUAUGGCACAAUCAUCUUGUUACUGUUUUUCACAAAACAUACAUAAUUGUCUUUACGCUUCUCUCUGAGAACAGCCAAGCUCCUGGAGCUGGUAAUUACUCCGGUGAACUGAAGCAGUGCUGUGUUGAUGGGAUGAGGGAUAAUAAACUCGGCUACACCUGUGAACGAAGAGCCACAUACAUCAUGGAUGGUGAAGAGUGUGUCAAGGCCUUCCUGGACUGCUGCAACCAGAGGAAAACCCGCAAGAACACGAAGACCGAAGAGGAGGAGCAGAUUCUGGCUCGAAGUGAUGAUGAUGAUGAUGAUGAUGAUGACUAUCAAACAGACUCUGAAGAGAUUGUGUCCCGUACGCAGUUCCCUGAGAGUUGGCUUUGGGAGGUGGUUGAUCUACCCACUUCCAAUAAAGGUGAAACAACAUCAAUCACAAAACCGAUCUUCCUGAAAGACUCUAUCACUACCUGGCAGAUCUUGGCUGUCAGUCUGUCACCAACACUUGGCAUCUGUGUGGCAGAACCUGUGGAGAUGGUCGUUUUUAAACACCUUUUUAUUGACCUAAAGAUGCCUUACUCAGCUGUACUUUUCUUCUCAUUCUCCUGUUUUCACCAGGUGCGUGUGGAGUUCAUGGAGACAGAAGAUGUUUGCAGCUCUGCCAGUAAGAAAGGCAAAUACAGAACAACAGUAUCUGUUGACAAAGGCUCCAGCAUAGCCGUUUCAUAUGUGAUUAUUCCCAUGACGCUGGGAAGUCACAUGAUUGAGGUGAAUGCUUCUGCAUAUGGUUUAUCUGAUGGAGUGAGAAAGCCGCUGAAGGUGGUGUCUGAGGGUGUGCUGAUUCCAUUACAAAGAGAAAAUGUGGAGCUCAAUCCUGUUAAGAAUGGGGAAAAACCUUUAGUUUUUAAAUCUGUCAUACCAACUGGACGACUUCCAGACACACCUGCUGACACGUACAUCUCAAUUACUGAAGGUUAUCAGCGGCAGCUGGUUUACCGUAAAUCAGAUGGAUCCUACGCUGCAUGGAGACACAGACCGAGCAGCACAUGGCUGACAGCAUAUGUGGCUAAAGUCUUUGCCAUGGCCAGUGAUUUAAUUCCUAUAGAGGAUAAAGUGCUCUGCAAUGCCCUUGAGUGGCUGGUUCUGCACAGACAAGUACAAGACGGCUCCUUUAAAGAGGAUUCAGCUGUAAUACAUGGAGAGAUGGUGGGUGACGUACAGGGCAAAGAUGCUGAUGCCUCUCUGACGGCCUUUGUCGUGAUUGCCAUGCAAGAGGCCAGAGAGAUCUGUGCUGAAUCAGUUGCUAGUCUGAAUGAAAGUAUCAGGAAGGCUGUUUCUUUCUUGGAAGGUCAACUUCCACAGCUGACCAAUCCUUACGCUGUUGCAUUAACGUCCUACGCCAUGGCCAAUGCCAACAAACUCAAUAAAGACAUCUUGAUGAAACACUCCUCCCAACUAGAAGCCGGUCGGUCUUGGACUGUCCCUGGACAGCACCAUCACUCACUAGAGGCGACGGCUUAUGCUGUGCUGGCGCUUGUGAAGGACAAAGACUUUGAUAAAGCAGGAGAAGCAGUGCACUGGCUGAACAGACAGCAGUCUCACUAUGGAGGAUCUGGCACCACUCAGGCGACCAUCAUGGUGUUCCAGGCCGUGGCAGAGUAUCGCACGCAGGUGAAGGACCGGCAAAACUUCAAUCUGAACGUGGAGCUGUCCGUGGCAGGAAGAAGCAAACCUGUCAGAUGGGCUUUUAAAAGAGAUAAUAUGCAUCUUACUCGGUCAGACAAGGUGGACAUAAACCAGGAGUUCAAUGUAACUGCUAAAGGAACUGGAACAGCCACUCUCUCAGUUCUGACGCUGUACUACGCCAGACCUGUUGAGAAGAAAUCUGACUGUACUUUCUUUGAUCUGACUGUUAAAAUGGAGAAAGACAAUGAAGGAGCUGUUGCAAGUUACAAGCUCACUAUGGAUUUCUACUACAAAGAUGAUAAAACUGAUGCCACCAUGACUAUUCUGGACAUUGGCUUACCGACUGGAUUUGAAGUUGAAGAAAGUGAUCUUAAAGAGUUGUCUUCAGGGAAGGAGAGAUACAUUCAGAAAUAUGAAAAUAAUAAAGUUCUUUCAGAGCGAGGAUCCCUCAUCCUCUACUUAGAUAAGGUUUCUCACAGAGAGACAGAAAGAAUUGUUUUCAGAAUGCACCAGAUGCAUAAUGUGGGUCAACUACAACCUGCAGCAGUCACAAUAUAUGAAUAUUACUCACCAGAUGCACGCUGUACAAAGUUCUACCAUCCUGAAAGGACAGAUGGUGCGAUAUACAGACUGUGUAAAGGAGACCUGUGCCAGUGUGCAGAAGAAAACUGCACUUUCCAGAGGAAAAACAAAACCAGAGAAGAGGAGCGUUUAAAUAAAGCCUGUGAAGGUGGCAUGGAUUAUGUUUAUAAAGCCACAGUGGUGGGAAUGGAUCUGAAACAGGACUCUGACAUCUAUGACAUGAAGGUGGAGCAGGUACUGAAAGAAGGCACCGAUGAUAAUGUUGAGGGAAAUGUGAGACAAUUCCUGGCUCGUCCCGGUUGCAGAGAAUAUUUAGGAUUGGUAGAAGGCAAGUCGUACCUCAUCAUGGGCAGAUCUGUUGACCUGCCAAAGCUCGGGGGACGGUAGGUGUCCACUGUGUCUGCAAAUAGCAGGAUUUAUGCAUCUACAAUCUGUAGAGUGUUGCUCGUGGCUUAAUGUUGUGACAAUUGUUUUCUAGCAUAAUGCAUUUUUAGUAACCAAGAACAGACACAACACAAUAAGAUACACAACACAAAUCCUCUAUGAUGAACAUAUUUUCUAUUAAAUUAAUUUUGAUCAUUUUUGUGUUGUUUAAAGUAAAUAAUGUGUAGGUGCUGUAAUUGUCCAGAGAUUAAAGGGAUAGUUCAUCCAAAAAUGAAAAUGUGAUGUUUAUCUGCUUACCCCCCGGGCAUCC